CCGCGCCUGCUGCUGCUGCUGCUGGGGGUGUCCUUCGGAAGUGCCCAGGAGGCGUGCCUCACGGGCCUGUACACCCACAGCGGCGAGUGCUGCAAAGCCUGCUACCUAGGAGAGGGUGUGGCCCAGCCUUGUGGAGCCAACCAGACCGUGUGUGAGCCCUGCCUGGACAGCGUGACGUUCUCCGACGUGGUGAGCGCCACGGAGCCCUGUAAGCCGUGCACCGAGUGCGUGGGGCUGCAGAGCAUGUCGGCGCCCUGCGUGGAGGCCGACGACGAGAUCCCUGGCCGCUGGGCCACACGGGCCACGCCCCCAGAGGGCUCGGACAGCACCGCCCCCAGCACCCAGGAGCCCGAGGUACCUCCAGACCAAGACCCCGUGGCCAGCACAGUGGCAGAUGUGGUGACGACAGUGAUGGGCAGCUCCCAGCCCGUGGUGACCCGAGGCUCCAAUGACAACCUCAUCCCCGUCUACUGCUCCAUCCUGGCCGCGGUGGUUGUGGGCCUGGUGGCCUACAUCGCCUUCAAGAGGUGGAACAGCUGCAAGCAGAACAAGCAAGGAGCCAACAGCCGGCCGGUGAACCAGACACCCCCGCCCGAGGGAGAAAAACUCCACAGUGACAGCGGCAUCUCUGUGGACAGCCAGAGCCUGCACGACCAGCAGCCCCACACGCAGACGGCCGCGGGCCAGGCCCUCAAGGGGGAUGGAGGCCUCUACAGCAGCCUGCCGCCGGCCAAGCGGGAGGAGGUGGAGAAGCUGCUCGAUGGCUCUGCGGGGGACACCUGGCGGCACCUGGCAGACGAGCUGGGCUACCAGCCUGAGCACAUAGACUCCUUCACCCACGAGGCCUGCCCUGUCCGCGCCCUGCUCCGCCGCAUCCAGCGAGCCGACAUCGUGGAGAGCCUGUGCAGCGAGUCUACCGCCACGUCCCCCGUGUGAGCUGACCCACCCGGGAGCCCCUGCCCUGCCCCACAUUCCGAUGACUGAUGCUCCAGCCAACCCCCGGGGGCCAGCGUCAGAGCUGAGCUCCUCCGGGCAGGGCUGUGGAGCCCGGGCCCCUAAACCACAGCCCUGCCACUGACCCCUUGUGGCCCCAUCGCUUCUGACCACACUCCCUCUGCGGCACCAGAAGUGCCCCUGCUGCCUGCCCCCCCUGCCCCUGCCCCUCACCAUCUCCAGCCUUCCGCUCCUUCUCCCCACACUUCUAGGCGGGCCAGCUCCUCCCACCAUAGCAGGUGUCAGAGCUGCGGGGGCUGACACCAGGGAUGGUGUUGGGGUGAUGACAAAGCCCCAGAGACUCAGAGAGAGACUGAGGAACCAGAGCCAUGGACUCUACACUGUGAACCUGGGGAAAGAGGGAGCAUCACUGUGGCCUAAACCCUCCCUCAGCCCCUCACAUCCCCCCUCUGGCCAAAGAUGAAGAGGCUCGAAGGCUGGACAGAGCGGGAAGGGGGUACUGAAAUCUAGUCCACCCUCUUGUUUUACCUACAGGACAGUGAGGCCCAGAGAGAGGCAGUGACUGGCCCAAAGCCACCCAGCAAUGGGGUGGCCAAGUGUGGGCUGGCCUCCUCCUCUCUGAAUGAGGGGUGCAAGCCUCAGCUUUGCUUACAGGCUGGGAGAAGGGGGCCAGGCAACCCUCCGGGGAGUGCUGUACAGCCAGAUCCGGUCCACCCUCCACCACCUCCAGGCCUGUUCAACCCUGGGGGACACAGGAUGCUUUACCCAAGCUUGGUCCAUGGAUCCAUCAUAACCCGAGUCAGCUUGGGGUUUGUGGGAAGGGGUGCCACUUCCCCCCUCCUGCCCCGCUCAGGCAUGUCAGUGUGGCAUCUUGGGUGUGGCCAGUCUGUAGGUGCCUUCCAUCCCGGCACAGACCCAGAGCCAACACAGGCAGUACUUGGGGUUAGGGGCUAAGGACCCCCCACAUACAACACACACACACACACACACACACACACACACACACACACACACAUCACGCACAGCGGAUGAGAAACCUUUUCUCCACGAGUUCUUUCUCUUGGGCUGGGACCGGAUCCUGCCCCGGGGCAGCUGCCAGAGAAGCAUCACAGGGAAUUGAACUCUGCUCGGCCGUCUUCCCUCGCCCCCGGGUUUGGCGGGCCAAGGACGGCUGAGGCUCGAGCUGGCGCCUGCCUUCCAAGGGCCUGCACAUGGAGGAAUGCUGCCCCCGCCUCCCCUCCCCUGAAGCCACGGGUUUGGCUGGGCCCCGAAGGUUGCGAUGAAGAAACUUGGACCGGUCUGGGAAUGCAGCAAGAAGGAACUGAGUUAAACUGCGGGCCCUGGACGGUCUGUCCAAAGUCUCGAGGGCCCCACAAAGGACAGCUUUUUCCCUAGCUUGGUGCCAGGAAGGGGCCUGGAGGUCCCUCCUGGCCUGUUCUGUUUUGCUUGAUGUUGGAAUGAAUGGCUCCCCCCUCUAUUUAGCAUGAAGGAGCCCAGAGCAGGGGGUGCGCCCACAGCCACCCCCUCCCCCGCCCAGGGUUCUCCCAACCCCCCGCCAGGGACUGGGAACAUUGUAUGUAGAUGGCGUUCCUUGGACCUCAGUCUGUGAUGGGAGCAGGAAACUCACCCGCUGGCCCCUCGCCUGUGCACCCGGGAGGGAGCGGGGCAGAGUCUGAGGGUAUUUAUUUUCCGCCCCAGCAGUUGGGAGCGGUCGGAGGGAGGCAGGUAUGUUUUAGCAUGUGUUUGGUUCUGGGGCCCCUCCUACCUCCCUUUGGGCGGAGAUGGAACCCUUUGGGCCCCCCAGCCGGGGGGCUGUGAGCUCCAGACUCCCGACACCUUCCCCUCGCACCCUGUGUAACCAUUUCUUGGGCCCUCCUGAAACUUACACAUAAAACAUAAAUGAUGAACAUUAAAUAGCAAAGAAAGAAAA